AUGACAACGGACAUGACUAUACUUCGACGUUACUCAUUUCUGCUGGAUCUGGAGUCUGCAAAACAAAACAAAACAAAACAAAACAAUAGUGCAAUCGUUGAUACGCUUUCAUCUUCUCAUCCGCAACAACUCCGACGGUGUAAAUGCUUCCAGUGCCAUCCAUACGCAAGACGACGUGCUCCACCGAAGUUGCCAAUGGCAACGACAGCUGAUCACACGGAUAACCGAUAA